AUUGCUUAUUUUCCCAACUCGGCAACGUUGUCAGAAGGUGUUGUUGCGGAUUGAAGCCGAAGGAAACCGAAACGAACGCCAGUUGUCUAGUAGUGGAUAAAAAAGUGAUGGAAUAAUGGCGGCUCCCAUAAGUCCCAUGUUAAAGUGGAAAAAAAUUGCGAAUCCGGCUGGUCCGAACCCUCGGCCACGCCAUGGACACCGUGCGAUUUCUAUAAAAGAUUUGAUGAUUGUUUUUGGUGGUGGCAACGAAGGAAUUGUGGAUGAAUUACAUGUCUACAACACCACAACCAACCAAUGGUUCGUCCCACCAGUGAAAGGUGACAUACCACCAGGAUGUGCAGCUUACGGCUUUGUAGUGGAUGGUACCAGAAUUCUCGUGUUUGGUGGCAUGGUUGAGUAUGGAAAGUACUCGAAUGAGUUGUAUGAGCUUCAGGCAAGUCGAUGGGAGUGGCGACGCCUCAAAGCCAAAGCUCCUGAUAAUUCUUCAGCUCCUUGUCCACGACUUGGUCACAGUUUUACUAUCCAUGGAAACAGAGUCUUCCUGUUUGGUGGGCUUGCAAAUGAUAGCGAAGAUCCUAAAAAUAACAUCCCCAGGUAUCUUAAUGACCUUUACAUACUCCACAUCACUCCUACUGGACAAAAAGAAUUUUGGGAGCUGCCUGUCACUUUUGGUGAGCCCCCUUCCCCACGGGAAUCUCACACUGCUGUCACGUUUAAUCGCGAUGGGACAAGUCCUAAGUUGAUUAUCUAUGGAGGAAUGAGUGGGUGCCGACUGGGAGAUUUACACAUUUUAGAUGUCAAUACCAUGUCUUGGACUAAGCCGAUUGUAAACGGAGCCCCUCCCCUACCAAGAUCUUUACACAGUGCCACAUUGAUAGGCCAUCAAAUGUACAUAUUUGGUGGAUGGGUUCCAUUGGUGAUGGAUGAUAUGAAAAUGCCAACUCACGAGAAGGAAUGGAAAUGCACCAACACACUUGCUUGUCUCGACCUGAAUUCGAUGACUUGGGAACCCUUAACUAUGGAAGUUUAUGACGAAUCGGUUCCCCGCGCUCGAGCCGGCCAUUGUGCUGUUGGCAUUCACACCCGUCUUUAUGUAUGGUCAGGACGUGAUGGCUACAGGAAAGCGUGGAAUAAUCAGGUGUGCUGUAAAGACCUUUGGUUCCUGGAGACGGAGAAACCACCAGCGCCGGGGCGCGUCCAGCUUGUCCGUGCUUCUACUAAUAGUCUGGAAGUCUGCUGGGGUGUGGUUCCUACUGCAGAAGCCUACCUUCUCCAGAUCCAAAAAUACGAAGUCCCACCUGCAGGAGCUACCCCUACUCCUGGAGCUGAUGCGGCCUCUCCAGCUCCCACCCCGGGAACACCGUCUACUCCUAAUACUCCUUCUACGCCAGUUCGCGCCCCUGGAUCUAUUCAAGGAUCAGUCAGGCAAGUCACUCCUCAAGGAACGCCGGUUGGUGUUGGCAGAGGAGCCAAUAUCGUUAGGGUUCGAGCUCCCGUAGGCGGCCAGACAAUUCGUGUUCUUGGACCCACCGGACAAACACAGAUCAUCCGCGCUGGAGCAAGUCCCAACCAGCCAGGAAUGUCUGGAAUUCAAGCCUUAGCAGCUGCUGCCGCCCAAACCCAACGACUACCCACUCCUACAAGCUCAGCAACAGGCGUCCGAAUGGUCCAGCCAACGCUUUUGACAUCUCAGGGAGUGCGUGUAACUCCUGUUCCGGGAAGUGUGAGUGGCGCACAAACGGUACGACUGAGUAGUGGUGCUACUAUUCUCAAAGCUGGUACUUCUCUCCAAGGUUUACAGACGAUUCAGACAGCGGGUGGCAAGCAAAUUAUUUUACAAAAAUCGGGCACCGCUGGUGUCGGGGGUCAGCCUCAAAUUGUUACCCUAGUGAAAACUAGCCAGGGGAUGACUGUUGCAACUGUCCCGAAAGGUAUGAGCCUUGUCCAAGCAAAGCCUGGUACAACGGGUGCCGUAACGACGGUACAAGGUUCGCCCAAAGGAAUACCGCAGGGUGCUACCAUCGUAAAAUUGGUGGGCCAAGGGCAAGGAGGCACCAAGGGGACUCUGCUCCAAGCUGGACAACAAGUAACUGCAGGACAGCUGAUGACAGUUGGCGGGAAGCAGCAAAUGGUCACAACGCAAAAUGUUGGUGGUAAGCAAACCAUUGUCAUCACUCGACCAGGAGGACAAGGAAAUCUGAAGCAAGGAGGGCAACAGGUCAUUGUUGUUAGCACCGCUGGUGGAAUACGUACAGUUCAAGGCACCGCUACCGUACAAGCUGGCGGCCAGUCUGGAACACAAACGGUGAAUGUCUUACCUACUACUGGACAAGUCACCACUGGACCUGGCGGUGUCAAAAUGAUAGUAGUUUCUCAGGGCGUUGUCAGUUCAUCGACUUCAUCUUCUAGUACCAGUACCGCUAUUGCGGGUGGAACCAAAACUAUUUCCAUACCUGCUGGCGCCCUGCAGAAGUCGAUGACACUUGCAAGAGCAGGAGGACCUCAAGGACAAAUAAUUACUUUGCCUGGUGGUCAGACUUUGGUAGGAUCUGGGCAGCAGACUAUUACUUUAGGUGGCAAACCUGUUACGGUUCAAGUAUCCACUGCCGGUGGACAAAAAACAGUCACUUUAGUCACCAGCCAAGGAGCAGGUGCUAUUCCUGCAAACGUUGCCAAACUUCUUUCUGCUGGUGGAGGUCAAUCAAAAGUGGUACUUGUGCCACAGAGUUCGGUGACUACUACUGCUGCUGCAAGUGCUCAACCGGAAACCGUUUCUAGCACUCAGUCGACUCCUUCUGCCACAUUGAGUAUAUCAGAUGGACCAGCCACAACUGAUGCGGCUCUAGCUGCUCUAGCUGCAGAAGCAGGAUUAAUUGAUCCGCCUGAAGAAGCCGAAGCUUCAUCAGCCGUUCCUGCCAGUGACUCUACGUCGAUACCUGUUAGCAUCGAAAAUGAAGACGCCUUACAACUUCUUGCCGGAAUGAGUGCCGAAAUGGUUGAUGCUAGUUCAACCCUUGACGCGGCUUCGAGUACUGCGGCUACUGCUUCAGAGACGUCGUUAGUUAACGCGAGCGGUUUAGAAAAUCCCGAUGUCACUUCCGCUUCUACGGACGUGACUCCCGCACCACCCACUGUUCCUAUUGUGGAAGGUGUUCCCGGAGAAAAAAAAUCUACGGAAGGGGAUAAGGACGAAAGUUCAACUACAUCUGUUGCUUUGGCUACAGAGACAGAACCUAUUACAGCUUCUGACCUUGUGGAACCUGAGCCAAUUGCUAAAACUGAUGUUCCGAAUGAAUCUGUGAAUGGAACAGCCGUUUCGACAGAUGCCGAGCCAGUUUUAGCCGAGGAAGAAAAAAGUGAGAAACCCAUUGCCGCUGUAGAGACUAAAGAAGAAAGUAAAGAAGAGCCCUUAGUCUCAGACCAGCCAGAGGCGGUUGAAACUGAGUCUCAGAAGCCUAUUGCAGCAGAUUCGCCAGUGAAAGACGUGAAGCUAGUUCCAGAAGCAACUUCACCUAAAAAAAUUGGCACUGACCAACUGCCCAUGGACGUAGAGCCCAGCGACCCACUCUCUACUUUGGCUUCAGCUGCGGUCAUCAAAGCGGAAGCAAUUGUUGUUAAAUCAGAAACCCCUUCCAACGGAAUCAAGCAAGAAGAAACCAAGAUUGACUUGAAAAAAAUCGAUGGCAUUUGGUUUGAUGUCGGUCUGGUCAAGGGCACGACGUCGACCGUGCAAAAUUUUCUGUUACCCUCAAAUGGUGGAGGUAUUGAGGAAAGGAUAGAUCACGAAACGGUGACUCUCCCACCUGAUGCAGAACUGGGGAUGAAAAAGCUCGAACUUCAACCUGGAACAGCGUACAAGUUCCGAGUAGCUGGUGUCAACUCUUGUGGACGAGGCUUGUGGAGUGAAGUUUCCGCUUUCAAAACAUGUCUCCCUGGAUUCCCUGGUGCUCCGUCAGCAAUAAAGAUUUCCAAAUCACCCGAAGGUGCACACCUGUCUUGGGAGCCACCUCAGAGUACCGCUGGAGAGAUAACAGAAUAUUCAGUCUAUUUGGCUGUCAAAGGAACUUCAGCUCAGUCUGUGAGCGGGCCUUCUCAGUUGGCAUUUGUUCGCGUCUAUUGCGGCCCUUCCUCGCAGUGUACCGUACCGAAUGCGUCGUUGUCGUCUGCCCACAUUGACACGACGACUAAACCAGCCAUUAUUUUCCGCAUUGCAGCCCGGAAUGAAAAGGGUUACGGACCGGCCACACAAGUCAGGUGGUUGCAAGAUUCGAGCACUGCCCCGACUCCAGCAAAAGGAGCAGUAAAACGGGGAUCGGAGACUUCCAAAUCAGCUACGGCAGCUGCUGCCAAGCGAUCACGAACUGACGAUUAAAACAACAUGCGUUUUUUUUAAAUAUUUUUUAAGAAUGAGAACGACAGCAUCAACAUAUUGAAGGAGGACUGUUUACCUGGUAUCAUCCACAUUUAUAUUCAUUCAUCAUUGUACGUUUAAAAGGGUUGAAGUGCAGAUUGUUGCUUAUGCGUGUUAUUACCCCCUCGUCGGAAAUGAUUCGGUUUUUACGCCUACACCCCAUCUAUUCAUCAUUUAUUUGAUAACUAUCAUUUGUCAUUGUCAAAAAUGAAACGGCGUUUUCCCCUUUAAUUGUCGAGCGAAUUUGUGAAAAAUGUGGCUGUUUUCGUUUGUAAGAGCUUCAUGGUGGUAUCAUUCUUUUCUCUCUUCUUGGAACCCUACUGCUAUGUCCUGUGGUUUUUUUCUUCUAUGUUUUCAUCGGUUAUCAUCAAAAUAUUAUUUUGUAACCUUUCGAAGUUUCUUUUACUCGGAAAAGUUAUUCGCAUGAGUCGACAGUUGAGUGACGGGAGUCGAUUGAGAUUUUCCGUUUCCCAAUUCUCAUUUACGACGUACAGCACACUAUCUUUAUCCAUCUCGUCGCAUUGAAGUUAAACGAGCCCUCGUCUGUCUAUUCGAAUACACUAAAAACAUUUCUAGAAAAGGUGACGUGUCAUUGCCAUGUGUCGAUAUGCUAUUAUUGCUUCAUAAUUUGAUCAUCAUAAUAUUGACAUCUGGACAUUUGGACUUGAACCUUUUUCUAAAUAAAAGCAUGUUGGACAUCGGCAGAA